AUGCCCUCCCAGGCGAAUGCGGCUAGGAAGUCGCAACCCGCUAAGCUGGAGGAGUUGGAAGUGACCUCGCUCUCAUCAGCGUCAGAUGCAAGCGAUGUGAGCGAAAGUGAGGGUGGCAGCUCGUCCGAUUCCGACGCCUUGGACAGUGAUGCGCCACGAAAGAAGCGCAAAGUGAGUGUUGAGGUGGAGGUUGAUCCUGAGGACGACGAGCCUUACGAGACUUCGGUGAUCUCGUCGAUACAGGCACCGUCCCGGAUCAAGAACAAGCCCAAACUGUCGACUACAGCGACGCAGCAGCCAUUGAAGUCCGAGGUUCUCAUUGCGCCUACAGCAACCUCAGUCCCAGUCGACCCCAACACGACAUUUGGCUCACUGACCCUUCGGCCAUGGCUGGUACAAUCGCUGUCCAAUAUGGCCAUUAAACGGCCCACUGGCAUUCAGAAGGCCUGUAUUCCAGAAAUCUUGAAAGGCAGGGAUUGUAUAGGAGGAAGCCGCACGGGUUCGGGAAAGACGGUAGCUUUUGCUGCGCCAAUAUUGCAGAAACUAUCUGAAGACCCAAGUGCAAUCUUUGCAGUAAUUUUGACCGCAACCAGGGAGCUCGCUCUGCAGAUCAUGGAGCAGUUCAAGGCCAUAUCUGCAGCACAAACUGUAAAGGCUAUCCUGGUCACUGGAGGCUCGGAUAUGAGAGCACAAGCUAUUGCCAUUGCUCAGAGGCCUCAUGUGAUCGUUGCCACGCCAGGUCGACUGGCCGACCAUAUUCGGAGCUCUGGCGAAGACACAUGGUGUGGUUUGCGAAGAGUCAAGUUUCUGGUGCUGGAUGAGGCCGACAGAUUACUCUCAGAGGGUCCGGGAUCAAUGUUGCCUGACAUUGAGGAGUGCUUAAGCGUACUCCCGCCGGCAGCAGAGAGACAGACGUUGCUAUUCACUGCUACCAUGACCCCUGAAGUGCGUGCACUGGAGAACCUGCCACGUAAGCCAGGAAAAGCACCUCCUUUCUUGUGUGAAGUGGACACGCAAACACUUGCUAUCCCAUCUACUUUGCGCCAGAUGUACAUUCAAAUACCUGUUACGUACAAGGAGCAUUACUUGCACGAGUUUCUCCAGACAGACGCCAUUGUUGAGAAAUCAAUCAUUAUCUUCUGUAACCGGACGAGCACUGCAGAAUACCUACACCAUCUACUGCGCCUCCUCGAUCAUCGCGUAACAUCACUCCACUCAAAACUGCCGCAACGCCAAAGGAUAGAUAACCUGGGUAGAUUUCGUGCAUCUGCUGCGCGGAUUCUAGUAGCUACUGACGUGGCUGCUAGAGGCCUUGAUAUCCCAGAAGUCUCCAUGGUCAUCAACUACGACAUACCUCGAGAGCCAGAUGACUAUAUUCACAGAGUCGGUCGUACCGCUCGUGCAGGGCGCAAGGGUGAUGCAGUUACUUUUGUGGGACAGCGCGAUGUCGAUCUCAUACAUGCCAUCGAGAACAGAGUUGGCCGCGAAAUGAUAACUUGGGAGGAGGAGGGUGUGAACUUGGAGACAAGAGUCAUCAGGGACGCACUUAAGGUUGUGAGUGAGAAGAAGAGAGAGGCGUUGUUAGAGAUUGAGGAGAAUCGGGACGUUGGCGGUAAGCGCAAGAGGGGCAUGCAGAAGCUCCGGGCAUAA